UUUCACAUUGUUCUUUUCACUCUACUAGCACUUGUAGCCAUGGCAUCAACACAAGCUGCUUCAUCAAAAUCAGACCUUUUUCGGGAAUAUAUCGGAGCAGAGUUCAACAAUGUCAAAUUUUCAGAUGUACCCAUCAACCCGAAUGUAGAAUUCCACUACAUACUCGCUUUUGCAAUAGACUACACCACUUCCUCUUCUUCAUCCCCGACCAAUGGAAAGUUCAACGUGUUUUGGGACACCGAUAAUCUCAGCCCUUCUCAAGUCUCUUCUAUCAAGAACCAACAUUCUAAUGUCAAAGUAGCUUUGAGCUUGGGAGGUGACAGUGUGAAUGGCGGAAGCUGUUACUUUAGCCCUUCUUCGGUGGAUUCAUGGGUUUCUAACGCGGUUUCUUCACUCACCAACAUCAUCCAAGAGUAUCAUUUAGAUGGGAUUGAUAUCGACUACGAGCAUUUUCAUGCAGAUCCUGAAACAUUUGCUGAGUGCAUCGGAAAACUUAUAACCACCCUCAAGAACAACGGAGUCAUCUCGUUUGCUUCUAUAGCUCCAUAUGAUGAUGAUGACAUUCAAAGCCAUUAUUUGGCUCUUUGGAAAAGUUAUGGGCACAUUAUAGACUAUGUUAACUUCCAGUUUUAUGCAUACGAUCAGGGGACCACUGUUUCUCAGUUUAUGAACUAUUUUCAGACACAAAGCUCGAAUUAUGGAGGUGGUAGUAUCUUGGCUAGCUUCAUCAGUGAUGGAAGUGGAGGGUUAGCACCACAGAACGGGUUUUUUACUGCGUGUAGCAGGCUUAGAAACCAAGGGAAGCUUGGCGGGAUCUUUGUAUGGUCUGCAGAUGAUUCAAAGGCUUUAGGUUUCCGCUACGAGAAGCAAUCACAAGCUUUGCUGGCUGCUCAUCCUUAGUUUUGAUAUUUUGUUUUGUUUUGUUUUGUUUUGUACUUGUGUUCCUUUGUGGUGUCAGUAUGGUGCCAAAGAUUGUGUCUGUACAGUGUACAAUAUGUGAAAAUGAUUGUUAUAUACUAGUGAAGUGCUUAUAAA